AUGUCUAAUAAUAAGGAGAGCUCUCAUGCCGCCGAGACUCCCGUUUCGGCUCAUGACGCGCAAGGUCCUGGCGUAGGACUUGGAAGUCCAGGCGUCCAGCGGAUCGAGGCUCUUUCAUCUCACCUACAUAUACUCGACCGUGUGUUUCUAUUCUGUGGCGUUUUCCUCAUUGCCUAUGUCUACGGCCUCGAUAGCCUAUUGCGAGGCACUUAUCAGCCAUACGCUACGGCGUCAUAUGAAUCACAUAGUGUGUUAUCGAGUGUCGAUAUUCUCAGAGCGGUCAUUGCAGCAGCAGCGCAGCCGACUGCAGCUAAGAUCGCCGAUGUUUUUGGGAGACUGGAGUUGAUUCUGGUCUCGAUAUUUUUCUACACCCUUGUCGAGCAGUUUGCUGCGGGCGCCGUGCUUUACCAGAUUGGAUAUACGGCUAUUUCCCUGCUGGUCGAGGUUUUGGUUGCGGAUGUCACGUCGCUUCGCUCUCGUCUGUUGUUCUCAUAUAUUCCAACACUUCCAUUUUUGAUCAACACUUGGAUUAGUGGAAACAUAACUGGGGCUGUGCUGAAAAUGACCACAUGGCGCUGGGGAAUCGGCAUGUUUGCAAUAAUCUAUCCCAUCUGCACGCUCCCUCUUCUCAUGGUUCUUUACAUUGUGUACCACAGAGCCAAGAAGGAUGGUACAGUGGAUCAUAUCGCAGGCGCCUUCCGCACGUUGGGUGUUCGGCGCCUGGCGAUUGAGUUGUUUUGGCAACUGGACGUGAUUGGUAUUAUCCUGAUGAUCGCUUUUCUUGCUAUGAUUCUGGUACCUCUCACGAUAGCCGGCGGCCUGGAUUCCCAGUGGAAGAAAGCAAGGAUCAUCGCUCCUCUCGUUUUGGGGCUGUGUUGUAUUCCGGCAUGGGUUAUUUGGGAGAGAAGCUGCAAGCAUCCUAUGGUCCCAUUAAAGCUUCUGAAAGAUAGAGCGUGCUGGGGUGCCCUGAGAAUUGCUGUUAUGUUAAACACCGCGUGGGCUCUUCAGAGUGAAUAUCUCUACAUCGUCCUCAUUGUUAGCUUUGGUGAGAGUAUUACAAGCGCAACCAGGAUCAGGUCUCUUUAUAGCUUUGCCAGUGUUCUCACUGGAUCUAUUCUGGGCCUUGUAGUCUACAAGGUCAGGCUACUCAAGCCAUUCAUCGUUGGAGGUACAUUGUUGUUCAUGGUGGCUUAUGGAAUCCUGAUCUAUUACCGUGGAGGGCCCACAUCGUCGAGUCAUUCGGGGAUAAUUGGCGCUCAGAUCCUUUUGGGGAUUGCUGGUGGGUUGUUUCCAUACCCUGCGCAAGCUAGCAUCCAAGCUGCCACCAAGCAUGAGCGAAGCAUUUCUGGAGCCGUCUGGACCCAAGUUCUCCCCGGAGAGCUAAACAGUAGACUCGGUAACACCACCAUGGCAGCUCAAGCAUAUAAGGAUCCGUUCACAUUCAGUACUACUUACCCAAUUGGGACUUCGGAUCGUGAUGCUGUGGUAGCUGCUUACAAGCAUGCGCAGAGGCUGCUGUGUAUUACUGGAAUUUGCUUGACCGUGCCGCUGGUUGCGUUUUCUCUCUGCACCCGCAACUUGGUUCUGACGAAAGAGCAAAGUUUUGCACAUGCGGAAGAGGAUACUGAUGAAGCUUGA